AUGAUCUUCCGGAAAUGCGCUUUUGAUUCUUAUAGCUAUGGUCCAGAUAGAGAGCUGGGAGAGUGCGAUCCAACGAAGCCUAGUCUCUCUGCUGCUCUUCGUAAUAGAGUGAGGUCGGACUGGCAGACAAACAGUCAAAUGAGGCAUUUCUUUCUGAACAUGGUACUCAAUAACUCUGUGGUGGUCAACAAAGUGCCUCAUAAUGACGCAUUGGAAAUCGGUUUUUUCGAACACGGUGUUUACAACAUAGGCAACUCGUCAUUUUAUGAUAUCACAGCUGAGAAGUUCAAAGAGAUGGUUGAUCAGAUCAAGAGUCGGCCCAAGUCGUCGCCAUCGAGGUGA